UAUGUCACAAAGUCAUAAGCCAGUGGGCAUCCUUUUUUGACCAGAGUCCAAGGAAUAGAGCGCUACCAUUGUCCCCGAUGAUUCCCAGGUCCAGCUGGUGACAAAUUCAUUCAUGCCGGAUUCCCAUCAAGGCCGGCUCUCCUCCAAGCUUGCUGGGAUGAAAAAAUAGCUACAGAUCCCCCUGGGAUUCACCCUCAAGAGAGCAGUGCACAUAGUUUGAAACACAGCCUAAUGGACGGGUGUGCAUCUUAGGAAAGCAGCUACCAGGGGACAAGAAGCUGUCACCAGCCCCCAGGGGAGUCCUGGCAGCAUGGACGACGAUGAUAAUGAGCCUGUUGAGUCCGAGACCAAAGAUGAGGCUGAAGCUGAAUUGACACCUCAGGACAGCGAUGUCACCCUCUACUGUGAAGCUGAAGUCCUUCCAAGUGUUGAGAAAGAGAAAUCUGCCCGGGAGGAUUCAGAAACCGACCUGGAAAUUGAAGACACAGAGAAAUUCUUCAACAUCGGACAGAAGGAGCUGUACCUGGAGGCCUGCAAACUGUCCAACACUACGGUCCUCAAACUGGAGCUGGGAGACAACUGCAUCCAGGAAGAGGGCAUCAUGAGUCUGAUGGAGAUGCUGCACGAGAACUACUACCUGCAGGAGCUGAACGUGUCUGACAAUAACCUGGGUUUGGAAGGAGCCAGGAUCAUCUCGAACUUCCUCCAGGAGAAUAACUCUUCGCUCUGGAAACUGAAACUUUCAGGAAACAGCUUCAAGGAAGAAUGCGCUGCACUUUUAUGUCAAGCCCUAUCGUCCAAUUACCGAAUCAGGUCCCUGAACCUCAGCCACAACGAAUUCUCUGACAUUGGAGGGGAGCAUCUGGGACAAAUGCUGGCCCUUAACGUAGGGCUCCAGUCCCUGAACCUAAGCUGGAAUCACUUCAACAUUCGUGGCGCUGUGGCCCUGUGCAAUGGUCUCCGGUCUAAUGUGACCCUGAAGAAACUGGACGUGUCCAUGAAUGGCUUUGGGAAUGAGGGUGCUCUGGCUCUGGGGGACGCCCUCAGACUCAACAGCUGUCUGGUCUACGUAGAUGUCAGUAGAAAUGGCAUUACCAAUGAGGGGGCCUCCAAAAUCAGCAAGGGCCUAGAAAACAACGAGUGCCUCCAAGUGCUGAAGCUCUUCCUGAACCCUUUGAGCUUGGAGGGGGCAUAUUCUCUCAUCAUGGCCAUCAAGAGGAACCCCAAAUCCAGGAUGGAAGACAUUGACAUCUCUAACGUUCUGGUAUCAGAGCAGUUCGUCAAAGUCCUGGAUGGAGUCUGUGCCAUUCACCCCCAGCUGGAUGUGGUAUACAAGGGAUUGCAGGGUCUCUCCACCAAGAAAAGCAUCUCCCUGGGGACCAACCCCAUGAGGCUGAUCCAGAGCUAUACGGAACAAAAGAAGAUCUCAGUGGUGGAGUUCUUCAGGAGUUUGAAUCCUACAGGAUUGAUGACAAUGCCUGUUGGGGACUUCCGGAAAGCCAUGAUCCAGCAAAGCAAUAUCCUCAUCAACCGGUACCAGGUGAGGGAGCUGAUAAAGAAGUUGGAUGAGAAGAAGGGUAUGGUGAACUUCAGUUCACUUGAAAAGGAAGAUUUGAGCAAGACAGUGGAACCCAAGCCUGAGGAACUCCAGUCCACGUGACAAGGGGACAAUGUUCAGGACUCCGAGGCAACAGAGAGCACCACUGGGCAGAUCUGCAGGAGCACUGGCAAGCCGAGCCCACCGAGCAAGCCUGCAGAAACCUGGAGGUGGGAGGGGCAGCGGAAAGUCUACUGCAGCUGCGUGUAAACAGGAAGACUCAGCAGGAGUAGCAGAGGCCAUCUUGGUGAGAGACAGCCUAGCAGCCUAGGAAAUGGCAGCCUGUUUACCCAUCCUUCCAUACGCCAACUGGGCUUUGAGAACCAGCUCUGCAUCCUCCCAGAACUGUAUAAUUGAGACGGCUAGGCUGAUUGCACGCCAGGCUUCAAAUUGGCAGUUAAGGAGACUAGGCCUAAAUCUCUGUCUCCAAGAACUGGGCAAUCCCAGGCAAGUCCAGGCCUCAGAAGCUGCCCGCCACCUGGCCUGAGGCAAGAACAAUGGGAUCAGCAAUAGUUUCCAGACUUCCUCAGCUACUUCCUCAGUAACAGUUUCCAGACCUCCCCAGCAAGUUUCCAGUCCCCCAUACCCCCAGUAAUGGAAUGUCCAUAGAGAUGGACCCAACAGAUUAACAUAGAGGUCACCUACCCCAGAAUUCCCUAGUGUACUUUAAAUCAGGCCUGCAAGCUCACUUGGGGUGUUUCUCUAUUCUGGUAAUGGGAGACCCCAGCAUGCUGGGCUUCUGCAGAAUAAAACACUCUUUGCAUUUACAUAC